CCCAGCUUUAUGAAGCGUCCCGGCAGCCAGGUGGUGCUGGUGGACCAGAGCGUGGAGUUCAGGUGUGAGGCCCGGGGCGACCCAGUUCCCACCGUCCGCUGGAGGAAAGAGGACGGAGACCUGCCCAAGGGAAGAUAUGAGAUCCGGGAGGACCACACCCUGAAGAUCCGUCGUCUGACCUCUGCAGACGUGGGUUCUUACACCUGCAUGGCAGAGAACAUGGUGGGCAGGGCGGAGGCGUCGGCCACCCUCACCGUCCACGUUAUGUCUGUGCCCCCUGUGUUUGUGGUGCGGCCCAGGAACCAGGUGGUGGCGGUGGGGAGGACCGUCACCUUCCAGUGUGAGGCAACAGGAAACCCUCAACCUGCUAUCUUCUGGCAGAGAGAGGGCAGUCAGAACCUGCUCUUCUCCUACCAGCCCCCCCAGCCCUCUAGCCGCGUCUCUGUCUCCCAGACGGGGGACCUUACUAUCACAGAUGCAGAGCGCUCAGACGUGGGCUACUACAGCUGCCAGGCCCUCAACAUCGCUGGCUCUGUCAUCACCAAGGCCCUGCUGGAGGUCACUGACGUUGUGUCGGAUCGCCCACCUCCAGUUGUCCGCCAGGGUCCAACCAAUCAGACAGUGUCUGUGGACGGGACAGUGGUCCUGAGUUGCCUAGCAACGGGUAACCCCACCCCCACCCUCCUGUGGAGGAAGGACGGUGUGUUGGUGUCCACUCAUGACUCCCGGGUCAAACAGCUGGACACGGGCGCACUGCAGAUCCGCUACGCCAAGAUGGGUGACACAGGCAUCUACACAUGCAUCGCCUCCACUCCCAGUGGCGAGGCCUCGUGGAAAGCCUACCUGGAGGUUCAAGAGUUUGGUGUUCCAGUGCUGCCGGCCAGACCCACUGACCCCAACCUGAUCCCCAGUGCCCCUUCCAAACCUGAGGUCACUGACGUCACCCGCACCUCUGUCACCCUGUCUUGGAAGCCCAACCUCACAGGAGCCACGCCCACCUCCUACAUCAUAGAGGCCUUCAGUCAUGCGUCAGGCAGCAGCUGGCAGACCCUGGCAGAACAUGUGAAGACUGAGUCGUAUGUACUGAAGGGCCUGAAGGCCAGUGCUGUCUAUCUCUUCCUGGUCCGAGCUGCUAACGCCUACGGCCUGAGUGACCCCAGCCCCAUCACUGACACCGUCAAAACACAAGAUAUCCCCCCCACCAGUCAGGGAGUGGACCACCGUCAGAUCCAGAGGGAGUUAGGAGAGGUGGUCAUCCACCUUCACAACCCCACCAUCCUCUCCUCCUCCUCUGUCAGAGUGCAGUGGACGGUGGAGCAGCAGUCUCAGUACAUCCAGGGUUAUAAGGUGAUGUACCGAACCUCUCCAGAGGGGCAUCAGAGGAGUGACUGGACUGUGUUUGAGGUGAGAACCCCAGGGGAGGACAGUACUGUGGUAACCCAGCUCAGGAAGGGAGUCACCUACGAGUUCAAAGUUCGCCCCUUCUUCAACGAGUUCCAGGGAACAGACAGUGAGGUCAAGAUAGCCAAGACCCUGGAGGAAGCUCCCAGUGCAGCCCCUCGUGGGGUUACCGUCUCAGAGAGCGGGGACAAUGGGACCGCCAUUGUGGUCUCCUGGCAACCGCCUCCAGAGGAGGAGCAGAAUGGGGUGGUCCAGGAGUACAAGAUCUGGUGUUUGGGGAAUGAGAGCAGAUACCAUAUCAACCGUACGGUGGACGGCUCUACCUUCUCCUUGCUGAUCCCCAUCCUGGCUCCAGGGAUCCGUUACAGUGUGGAGGUCGCAGCCAGCACUGGGGCAGGCCAAGGGGUCAAGUCUGACGUCACCUUCUUCCAGAUAGACUCAUCGGGGCGUAUGACAGAGGGUGUGUUGGAGCCAGAGAACACCCUGUCCCAGCAGAUCAGUGAGGUGGUGAAGCAGCCGGCCUUCAUAGCAGGGAUAGGAGCGGCCUGUUGGAUCAUCCUCAUGGUGUUCAGUAUCUGGCUCUACCGACAGCGUAAGAAGAGGAAUGGCCUCAGCACUAACUACGCAGGCAUCCGCAAGGUGCCAUCCUUUACCUUCACUCCUACAGUGGCGUACCAGAGAGGGGGAGAGGCUGUCAGCAGUGCUGGAAGGCCAGGUUUGCUGAACAUUGGGGAGUCUGCUACCCAGCCCUGGUUGGCUGAUACCUGGCCCAACUCCUGCUCCAAUCACAAUGACUGUAGCAUGAACUGCUGCACCGCAGGACAGGGCAACAGUGACAGCAACCUGGCUACAUACAGCCGCCCAGCCGACUGCAUCGCCAACUAUAACAACCAGAUGGAGAGCAAACAGACCAACCUGAUGGUGCCGGAGGGAGGAGUGUACGGAGACGUGGACCUCUCCAACAAGAUCAACGAGAUGAAGACCUUCAACAGCCCCAACCUGAAGGACGGACGCUUCGUUGGGCCGGGUGGACCAGGGGGACAGCCCACCCCGUACGCCACCACACAGCUCAUCCAGUCGUCUAUCCUGGGCAACAACAUAAACACAGACAGAGACAGAGGGAGAGGAGGAGGAGGAGGAGGGGAGAUGAACGAGAAACACGGCUGGAAACCCACCCCGGUUCAGCUGCAGAAGCAAAAGGAAAUGACCUCACAGCUCCACCAGUAUAACAUCAUGGAGCAGAACAAGCUAAACAAGGACCACUAUAGAGGAGGGGACAGUCCCAUGGCUACCACCAUCCUCUAUAACCAGGCCCACGAGACCCACACAGGGGGAUCCUACAACAGCUCUGACCGUGGCAGCAGCAGCACCUCUGGGAGUCAAGGUCAAAAGAAGGGAGUGCGCACCCCCAAACUACCCAAACAGAGUGCAAUGAACUGGGCUGACCUUCUGCCUCCUCCCCCUGCUAACCCACCUCCCUGCCGCAACAUGGAGGAGUACUCCCUGUCUAUGGACGAGAGCUAUGACCCAGACAUGCAGUGCUCCCUGCCCCCCUCCCGCAUGUACCUGCAGCCAGACGAACUGGAGGAGGAGGAAGAGGAGGAGGAGGAGAUGGAGAGGGGUCCCACUCCACCUGUCAGAGGGGCUGCCUCGUCCCCCGCCGCGGUGUCCUACAGCCACCAGUCCACAGCCACCCUCACCCCCUCGCCCCAGGAUGAGCUGCAACCCAUGCUCCAAGACACUGCAGACAGCAUUGGCUCUGGACACGAGCGCAGACGCCAUGCAGUGAGCCCCCCUCCCCGACCCCUCUCCCCCUCACACACCUACGGCUACAUCUCCAGCCCCAUGUCCCUGGACACAGACGGCAUGGAGGAAGAGGGGGAGAUGUUGGAGGAAGAGGAGGAGGAGGAGGAGGAAGGGGACGAGACAGACGCGGAGGUGGCUAAGGUGCACCAUCACCACACCCACCCUCACCACCCCCACCACCCCCAGCAGAUGCACCCCAGGAGGCUGCUGCUGCGGGGUCUGGAGCAGACCCCAGCCUCCAGCAUGGGGGACCUGGAGAGCUCUGUGACGGGCUCCAUGAUCAACGGCUGGGGUUCGGCAUCCGAGGAGGAUAACGCCUCGUCAGGGCGCUCCAGCGCUGUCAGCUCCUCAGACGGAUCCUUCUUCACAGAUGCCGACUUUGCCCAGGCAGUCGCGUCUGCUGCAGAGUACGCAGGCCUGAAGGUGGCCAAGUACACCAACCCCACGCAAGGCCAGGAGGGAGGCCCCGGAGGACGAAAGUAUCAAAUGACCCCUUCAGGCCACCGUCCUGGCAGCCCCCUGUCCACAGACAGCAACAUGAGCACGGCCAACAUGCAGAAGAGGCCUCCUAAGAAGCAGAAACAGCACCCUGCAGCGGGCCACCCAGGGCUCCAGCGACGAGAGGCCUACCCUGAAGAUCUGCCCCCCCCUCCCAUCCCCCCUCCAGCGGGACUCAAGUCCCCCACACACCCCUCCAAGACAGCCCUGGAGACCCGGGGGGUGAUGUCCCCCAAGGCAGGCGAGGGCAGGGACAGGAGAGGGGGCUCAGGAGGAGGGUACCGGCCACGGGAGGGAUCGGACCCCCGUACCAGCUCCUCAGAGCGCCGGGAGACCCAGGACAGACAGAAAAACCCUCGCACAGGGAAAGGGAACAAACAGGAGGGGGGCAGCACCAAGGCACGCCAACACCCAGGGCCAGAGGACAUCCUGCCCUACAGCCGCCCUUCCUUCCCCACGGUCCACAGUCCCCGAGACAUUGACCCCAGAUCCCCCAGCUCUAUGUCCUCCCGGGGCUCAGGGGGACGGCGGAGAGGAGAGGGGGGGACAGGGGCCCGCAGGAACCCUAACGACAUGGGCCUCAACACCUUGGGAGCCUUCCAGCCAGGAGACGAUGACUUAGAGAUGGUGGAGAGCUGAAGUACUAGACGGGAUGAACAGGAAGUACUGUCCAGAAUUAAGUUUCCAAGAAGAGGAAUGCUGUGAUCGUUCCUCUGCCCCUUUUAAAUAUCUCAGUAUCUCACCAUCAUGUUUGCUGAAAAAUACUGUACAUCAAUUGUGUUUCAAUACAUCUGGAAAAAUACCAAUUGUUUUUCUAGUUUAUCGUUUUCUAUGUCCAUUUUAAACAAGAAAAAAAAAAUGCCAAGCAAAAUACCCAGUAGUAUGUAAUAUUUUAUUCCAAGGCAAUAGGGAGUAACAGUGGACUCCAAGUAUUGACAAGAUCGACUUGGCUUGCCUCGGCAAGCACUGUGGGAAGCCUUGACCUUACAGCCAGGUGUUAGUGUAAUGAGAUGAGCUACAAGCAGACUGUCUUGUAAAUAUACCUGUACACAUAAUGUCCUUUUGUAUAGCGUCCAUCGUGGUACUUCGUUUUCUUUGUGUUCUUCGUUUUAUUUUGUGAAUUAUUAUUUUAUUAUGCCCGUAAAUUUAAUUAUUUUAUCAUUUUCCAUCCAUGUUGUAAAUCGCUAUAUUAUUUAGCUGUCCCAAGAAAGUGCCACUUUGGGAUUGUUCUUUUUCUAAUGCACUGUUAUUUUUUGUGUCAAUGUUUAUUUGUUUUACUUUGGUUUUAAAAGCACAAUCACUAAACUUUAUUUUAAGCCAUUUUAUCUAUGAACCUUUUUGUCUUACUGGAGGAAUACAGGUAUGACAAAAGAGUCUUGUUAAUCCUGAUGAUGACGAAGAUGAUGAUGAUGAUGAUGAUGAUGGUAAAGGUGAUAGUCUGUUUAUGAUGGGCGUGGAUUGAAAGGAGACUUCCUGUGUCAUGAUUGGCUCAUUUCAGAUUCUGAUGCUAGCUCAUGUGAGGACCUUCAACACAGACAGUUAUUGUGGUUCAUAGCAGCAAUGUAAAUGUCUUUUUGAAUUGACCGUAGUUCCAGCCAUUGCACAUUAAUUCAAGCGGUGACAUUGUCUACUAAUGCACUUAAAAGAAUGUAACAUACAGAAAAUGGGCGACACCUUGUGAAUCUGGAGAGGCCGUGAUUGGACAAGGAGAGUCUCUUUUCCAGAGAAGGGUUUGGUCGGUGGAUCCCUUCUCUGAGGAGAGAGGGUUCUGUUGUUUAUUUGUAGGACAUCUGCAAACAUUUGUUUCGUAAAGCAAAAAGCUAAAUAACUUUAUGAAUAAAAAAUGUUCAAACUGUUA